AUGACUUCUACACUCCAACUCCACCGAAUCAACAACCAUAACGCCGCCACACUCGCCGGGAACUUCCCCAUGACGACGACGACGACGACCAACAAUGUCUCCGUCCCCGAUAACCACCUCCAUUACCACACCCACCCCGUGAGUCCCAACAACAACCAGUGCUGCUCCGCCGUAAUCCGGUCAAUCUCCGCCUCCAUCGACACCGUAUGGUCGAUAAUCCGCCGCUUCGACAAUCCGCAAGCCUAUAAAAACUUCCUUAAGAGCUGCCACGUCAUCGUCGGCGACGGAAAAGUCGUCGGUUCUCUCAGGGAGGUCCACGUCAUCACCGGCCUUCCGGCGGCUUCGAGCAUUGAGAGGCUCGAAAUUCUAGACGACGAGAAAAAAGUGAUGAGCAUUAGUAUAGUCGGCGGCGAUCACCGGCUGAAUAAUUAUAGAUCCGUGACGACGCUUCAUCGGACGGCGGCGGAUGACGGCGGCGACGGCGAUAGGACGGUGGUGGUGGAAUCAUACGUUGUGGAUGUUCCGCAAGGGAAUACGAAAGAGGAAACACGUGCAUUCGUUGAUACAAUUGUACGGUGCAAUUUGCAAUCGUUAGGACAAAUCGCGGAGAACUUGGAAAAAGCUAAGAGUAUUUGA